AUGCCGGCCGCCUGCGCGGCGAGGGUUUUCCAAUUGACGAGGGAAUUGGGUCACAAAUCGGACGGGGAGACGAUCGAGUGGCUGCUGCAGCAGGCGGAGCCGGCGAUUAUCGCGGCGACGGGGACGGGCACCAUCCUGGCCAAUUUCUCCACCCUGAAUGUCUCGCUGCGGAGCAGCGGAUCAACUCUCUCCGCUCCGCCGUCGACAUCGGCGCUGCUGCAUUCGUUUCACGGGGCGCUUGCUCUGGCGGCGGCGCAGCAGCAGCAGCAUUACGAGGAACGGUUUUCCGCCGCGCAUCUGGGAUUCCACCAGUGCCAGGCUAGAUUUUAA